UCCUAGCUUUCUUACGUCCAUCGGUACCUCGUUGCCUCCCAGGACUUCGUGGGGAACAGCGGGGGAGGGGUUAAGGGCGUGGCUAAACGGCUACCCCGCCCCGGGCUCGUCCCUCUCUGUAGGCUUCGCUUUCUGCGCCCCCUUGCUCCUAAGUGCCUGGAGAGGUUGCAGUCGCUGCAGUUGGGGCUCCGACCGAAGGCAAGUCCUGGGAGCCCCGGAAGGACAGUGCCGGGAGGCUCGGCCAGCUGGACAGCAGGCGCCCUAAGAACGGCCAUUGGAUGUUUGUUUGUUACUAAUGGGUGUCAGCAAGUUAGAUAUUCUAUACCGGAGACUUCUCCUCACAAAACUUUUUAUCAGAGGAUGGGGGAGGCCAGAGGAUCUCAAAAGACUCUUCGAAUUCAGAAAGAUGAUUGGAAAUCGAGAAAGAUGUCAGAAUCUGGUUUCAAGUGAUUACCCAGUACACAUUGAUAAGAUUGAAGAGCAGUCAGACUGUAAGAUCCUAGAUGGACACUUUGUUUCCCCCAUGGCCCACUAUGUGCCUGAUAUAAUGCCAGUUGAAUCUGUUAUUGCAAGGUUCCAACUUAUUGUUCCUAAGGAGUGGAACAGCAAAUAUAAACCUGUAUGCAUUCAUCUUGCUGGAACAGGAGAUCAUCAUUACUGGAGACGACGAACACUAAUGGCUCGUCCUAUGAUUAAAGAAGCCCGAAUGGCUUCUUUGUUGCUAGAAAACCCUUAUUAUGGCUGCAGGAAACCCAAGGACCAAAUAAGGUCCAGCCUAAAAAACGUGUCUGACCUUUUUGUGAUGGGAGGAGCUCUGGUUUUAGAAUCUGCAGCUCUCUUGCACUGGCUAGAGAGAGAGGGUUAUGGACCUCUAGGAAUGACCGGAAUAUCCAUGGGAGGACAUAUGGCUUCCUUAGCAGUAUCCAACUGGCCUAAGCCCAUGCCAUUGAUCCCAUGCCUGUCUUGGUCCACAGCAUCUGGAGUCUUCACUACGGGUGUGCUAAGUAAAUCGAUUAAUUGGAGGGAGCUGGAAAAGCAGUAUUAUACACAGACAGUUUAUGAAGAAGAAAUUAUUCACAUGCUUGAAUAUUGUGGAACAGAUUCUUUCAAAAUGGGACAAGAGUUUGUGAAACGCUUCCCUAUUGGUGCAGACAAGCUAACUAACCUUAAUCUGGUGUCUAGAACUUUAAAUUUAGAUAUGACAGACCAAGUUGUAUCCCAAAAACCUAGUGACUACCAUCAAUCUAAUAAAACAUCUAUCAGUGCCACAUCAGAAGGACUCUUGUUGCAAGAUACCUCUAAGAUGGAGUGCUUCAAUCAAACACUUUCACCCAAUAAAAGUAGUUAUACAAGCUGUGGCCCUCAGUCAUAUCACCUACUCAGUAAAGAACAAAGAAGAAACAAUCUUCAGAAAGAAUCUUUAAUAUUCAUGAAAGGAGUCAUGGAUGAAUGUACUCAUGUGGCAAAUUUCUCAGUUCCAGUUGACCCAAGCCUCAUUAUAGUGGUUCAAGCCAAAGAAGAUGCCUACAUUCCACGAACAGGAGUUCGAAGUCUACAAGAAAUCUGGCCCGGUUGUGAAAUCCGGUAUCUAGAAGGGGGUCAUAUUAGUGCUUAUCUUUUUAAACAAGGACUCUUCAGACGUGCCAUCUAUGAUGCAUUUGAACGCUUCCUCCAUAAAUAUGCUAACUAAUUGGAUCACAGUAUAUAAUGAGUAUGGCCAUCAUAUUGUUUACAAAAGGAGUUUCAUCCUUUGAUGAUGUGAAGAACAAGCAGACAGCACUAAAUAUCUAAUUUGUAUUAAUUUAGUCUGGAACUCAUAUAAAUCAGUCAUUAACAAUCUUUAAAUACAUUUAAAUAGUUUUAAACCAAUAUUUGGAUGAAAUAAUGUUGAAAUAUUUUGUUAUUGUUUUGUGGGAAUCCCAUAUACUCAAUGUCUAGUCUGUUGUUGCUAUUUAUGAAAACUUUAACUUUUUAAUUGUGAAUAAUUUAUUAAUUAAAAUAAAUUUAUUCAUUGAAACCCUAUUGGUUUUUAAAGAACUGCUAAAUCAAACUAAGUUUGUAAUAACAUCAGCCUGUAUUGUAUACCCUUAUGUGAUAGUUCUACUAUUGACUUGACUUGAGAACAUGUUUCUUUCUUUUUAUGAUUCAUAGUGAAUUUAUAAUCUUAUUUUCAAUUUAAUCUCUGCCAUGGAAAUACUUCAUGGUGUGUAAAACGCAGUGUUUGAAUUCCAAAAAAUUCCUAAUGGCGUCAUACAUAAGUGGUUUUAAUAAUUAAAACAAAUGUGGGAAUGCAAAUAAGAUGCAUAUGACUUGGCUGUACUUUGAGACUUUGCCAAAUAUUAGGUUAGAAAACAAUGCCAAACCUAUUUCCCCUUCUUAAAAAGUGUCAGUUCAUCAAAAAUGGAAAUAAUGAAAGACUUACUGCAUUACUUGAUACUGUGUCUUAACAUUUUCUUGUAUACCUACUCUGGGUUUCCUAAAUAUCUAACUUUAGUUAGAUACACUUAAACAGCUUUGGCUUUUAAUUUCAGAAAUUAAAGGCCAUAUAUGAAAUUGAUUUGUUCUAUAUGAGUUUAUUUUACAGAAAAGUUAUAGUAACUACUAACUUUUUUAAGGGGAAGAUUAUAUGGCUAGAUUUGGUGCUGUGCUUUCGUUUUAUGUUAAGCUUCUCAAGCUAAGAUCUAAAAUGUUUGAAAAAAGUAGAAAAUAUUUUUGAGUAUUGUAUCAAGGUUUGGAAUAAAUGUACUUGAGUUUUAUUUGUUUGAAAUCUGUGUUGUCUGUGGAUUAUUUUAAAAUAUGUAUUCCUAGUGUAGCAAGGAUAUUUGAAUUAUAAUGUGCCUUCAUAGCCUUUUAAAAUAUUUUGUAACUCUAAUGUUCCCAUCACCUUAGCUUUUAAAAGCUAUUUAAAAGUCACUAAUGUGAAGUCAUUAAUGGUAUACAAAAUCGUAAAUUCUGUGAAACUGCUUUGGCAUAGGAAACCAAACCAACUUGGUUACAGCCAUUUGGUCUUUAGCAAUGUUACAUCUUCAGAUUAGAACCUUUACUUUUAACUGAAAAUAUAAAAUAUACUAAAAUUUUUAAACAAAAUACCCUUUAAAGAUAAAGUAAAAUUUAUUGUUAACUGAAUUACAAGGAUUUUCUUCAUAUAUAGUGAGGCAAUAUGAUUGAGUGCUUUCUGAACUAUGGCUUUAGUAAUUUAUUACUAAAUAAAUUUAGAAAUUUAUUUUUCACCUAAAUAUUUUUUACUAAGCAGUAAUGUACUGUGGUAUAUAACUUUCUAUUGGUAAAAGAAUGAAAUUUCAUUUCAUUUUAAUUAACUCUUAGGCAUAACUAAUUUUUCCCAAAUGUGAAAGGAGGUAUUUUAAAAAUUUCAUCUCUUAAGCAGAUGUUUUAAAGAAUAUAUCCAUGCAACUUCCUAAAUUGAUUAAUUCAAGGUGCAAAAUACCUUAUCCUAAAGUUUUUUUAUCCAUACAUCCCAAAAUAGUGACUCCUUCAUAUAUCUGUGUAGAAAACACACACAUACACACACACACUAUAUAAAUAUAUAUAUAUAUUUAUACACAUACAUAAAUAUAUAUAUUUAUACACAUACAUAUAUAGACAACAUAUAUAUUUUAAAAAGUGCAGUCUGCCAUUUUGAGAAUUGGUAUAUAAACUACUAGAAAUUCAUUUAGGCCACGGUUGCAAACUGGCAGUAUUGGUAUUCAGGCAGCUUGGCCCACAGCUGUUUUAUUCAGUGUGCAUAAUGUUUUAAAAUUGUUGUAAUUUGAAGUCUUUCAACUGGGCAUGCAUUCCCUAUUUUGCCACAGCCUAUAGACUCCUUAUAUAAGGCUACUUCACUACUUUGUGUUUCCUACUUAGCCCUGAACACAUCUGAGUUUGAGACCCCUGAUUUAGAUCUAUGGUUAGAAAUUUCUGAAUUUCAUGAUUUGCUGUUGUAAUUACUAUUAAUUAUUUUAUCAUAGCAUUUUAGAUUGUUUGUUAUGAAUGUCAUUUUUUAAUGUGGUGCUUUCUCUUGGAAAGAUUAUUAAAUUAAUACUGUAACUGAAAAAAUUUUUAAUCAUUUCUGAAUAUUUUAUACUUCACAAUAAAAGUCUCUUAAAAUUA